AUGCUGAGGGACCCGCUGCUGAAGUCGAAUGCGGUAACCACGUCGGGGACCUUGCGGUCCGCGAAGGCGAGGUCGUGCUUCUUGAACAGCUCUGCGGCGGCCGCUGAGCUCUGGACGACCAUGGUCCUGAUGGAGCCGAGCUUGAGCCAGAGGACGGGGCCGUGGGGCGCCCGCCAACGGUGCAUGGACUGGUGUGGAAGGUCACCCAACUGGAGGAGGUUGCCGAGGAUGGGGAUGCCCCUGGGCCCAGGCGGGGUCUUGCCGGCAGGCUUGGGGCGGAGGAAGAGUAUUCCAAGGAGGAGGACUGCGAAGAGGGAGAACAAGAAAGAAAUCAAAAUCGCGCCCAUCAACUCUGCCCUAUUUCACGGGUUAAUACCUCAAGUCCCCGUACAAUCCCCUCAACUCUGCCCUAUUCCACGGGUUAAUACCUCAAAUCCCCGUACAGUCGCGCAAUCGCGCUCUAAACUCCGGCCAAUUCCAAGGGUUUAUACCCCGAAUCCCCGUCAUCUCGCGCGCGUCUGGUGUCGAUAUCCCCGUCAUCUCGCGCGGGUCUUCUGUCGAUAUCCCCGUCAUCUCGCGCGGGUCUUCUGUCGAUAUCUCCGUCAUCCCGCGCGCGUCUGGUGUCGAUCGAUUGCGAAUUCGGCGCGGCUUUUUGCAUCCUCAAUUUUGUUGCGUUGCGUGGAUGGUUUGGUUGACCGGAUCAAGAGCGUAGUCGGGAGAUCCGAGGGUCUGAUUAUUGAAUUGAACUGGUUCCUCUUUUUUACUGUCUUUAAUACAGUCGGGAACAUAUUGUUGUCAGAGGAGGUUAUGAGGACAAAGCUCGAUGAGGCACGCGAGUUUUUCGAGGCCUUUAUGAACUUUGUGGAAUGGUUAGGGAAGCCUAACGUGACCGAUUGUUUCCCAUUUCUGAGAUGGCUCGACCCACAGGGAAUUAGGAGGAAUACGGCAAGUAUUUGGAAAGCUGGAACCGAGACCACAGGAACCACAAUUGAGUGGGGAAUGGCUGAGUUGCUUCGUCAUCCGAGCUCGAUGAAAAAGAUCCAAGAAGAAAUCGAUCGGGUCGUGGGGCGUACCCGGAGAGUCCAAGAGGAUGACCUAGCUCAGAUGCCUUAUCUACAAGGAACCGUGGAGGAAAUAUUGCGAUUACACUUAUCUCUCCUGAUGCUACUGCCGAGGAAGUCGAUGGAGGAUACAGAGUUGAUGGGGGGCCAGCAGUUUCAUCUGAUUCCAUUUGGUUCGGGCCGACGGAGCUGCGUUGGCGUUAACCUGGGCCACAGAAUGGUGGGCCUGACCGUGGCUAGUUUGCUGCAAGUGUUCGACUGGAAGCUUGCCGGAGACCUCGAGUCAGAGGAGCUGGAUAUGAGGGAAAUGGUGGGCUUGACCUUGCGAAAGAAGGUGCCCUUGAAAGUGAUCCACUGUGUACGAGGAUAA